AUGGCAUCGAGAUUAGAUCGCUUAGUCACGCUACUCGAGACGGGCAGCACUCAGCUCAUCCGUAACACAGCGGCGCAGCAGCUUGCCGACGUUCAGAAGCAACAUCCCGAUGAACUCUUCAAUCUACUCACACGAGUCAUUCCAUAUCUCAGAUCCAAGUCUUGGGAUACCCGCGUCGCAGCCGCCAAGGCCAUCGGUGGCAUUGUCGAGCAUGCUGAGAAGUUCGACCCCAAUGCAGACGACGACGAGCUAUUCAAGCCGGAGGCUAACGGUCAUACCCCCAAUGGCUCCAAUGGUGUGGCCGUCAAGGACGAAACUACGAACGGACUUCCACUUUCCGAGGACCAGUUGCAGCUGGCAACGCUCGAUGUUGCUUCUAUCCUAACGCAUGGCAAAAAGCUCUUGGGCAGUGCUGGCAGAGAAUAUGACUACAUGAUGGCUGCUAUGGAUCCUGCGACGCGUCUUGACCACCAGAAGAAAAGCUUGACAGCACGCCUCGGUCUCGGAGGCGAGUACAUCGAACAAGAGUUCAUCACAGAGAAGGAUUUCGCUGUGCCGUUUGCAAAGCAGAUACCCCAAACACCAGGUUUACAACGGAUCGACACCUCCGUAGGCAGGAAUAACAGUACCGCAUCUCCAGGAGUUUACUCGGCUGUGUCUCCGCAUGACGCGGUCGGUCAGACGCCGACUGAUGAACAGGGGCUCAGCAAGCGGCAGCUCAACAUGCUCAAGCGCAAGAACAAGCAAGCAUUUAAGCACCAGGCUAACAAGGUCCGCAUCGUUGACAUAUCAUGUCGGCGGUCAAGCAUGGACUAUCCACAGACGCCAGCCAGCGCCCAUCCAGUACCUAUCAAGACGGAGGUGAAGAGGGAAGAAAGCGACGACAUCGCCAAAGAUUACUUCUCGCUUGAGCGAGACGGCGGAGACGAUGACAGUAAGGUCGUGGCAGAGUUCAAGGGCAUGCCUGUGCCUGAAAAGUCCGCCUUCCAAACUGAAGCUGAAGAGGAAGGGUUAGAAUGGCCAUACGACAGGCUGUGCGAAGUCCUCACCGUCGAUUUGUUCGAUCAUGCGUGGGAAAUCCGCCAUGGAGCUGCGAUGGGUUUACGCGAAGUAAUUCGUGUCCACGGAGCUGGCGCUGGGCGCAAGCGUGGCUUGACCCGAGAACAAAACGACAUCCUCAACCAACGGUUCCUCGACGACCUCGCGUGUCGUAUAUGCGCCGUCUUCAUGCUCGAUCGCUUCGGGGACUAUGUGUCCGAUAACGUCGUUGCGCCCAUCCGAGAAACUGCCGGUCAAGCUCUCGGUGCGGUACUACAAUAUCUUUCCGUCGAGUCAGUCAAAGCUGUCUAUAACGUUCUGUAUCGUCUAGUGAUGCAACAUGACCUUGAUGGAAAGACGCCCAUCUGGCAGGCCUGUCAUGGAGGUAUGAUCGGGAUGAGAUACCUUGUCGCCGUGCGCAACGACCUCCUAGUCAAGGAUCCGAGUCUCAUGGACGGCGUUCUAAAGGCUGUGAUGGAGGGCCUGGGCAACUUCGAUGAUGAUGUACGGGCGGUGAGCGCUGCAACUCUCAUCCCCGUCGCUGGCGAGUUCGUCAAGAUGCGGCCCGAAGCACUCAACAGCCUGAUUCACAUCGUAUGGGACUGCUUGUCGAACUUAAGCGACGACCUUAGUGCCAGCACCGGCUUCGUCAUGGAUCUUCUUGCCAAGCUCUGUAGCUUCACCGAGGUGUUAGAUGCCAUGAGGAGAAACGCGGCCAAAGACCCUGAGCAGUCGUUCGCACAGCUUGUUCCUCGACUUUACCCAUUCCUUCGACACACGAUUACGAGCGUACGAUCCGCAGUUCUGCGCGCUUUUCUCACCUUCCUUGACAUUGAGGGCGAUGGCACCAAAGGCUGGGUCAACGGCAAAGCCCUCCGACUUGUCUACCAGAAUCUUCUAGUUGAGCGGAAUGAAGGUGUUCUUAAGCUGUCACUGCAAGUGUGGUACGCACUCCUGAGAGCUGUGGCAGAUCGUGGACCGGACGCAUUCAGAGAUGAAUUCGAGCCGCAUGUAGAUCCGUUGGUCACGCUUACCGUUCACCCAAUCGGUGUCGUUCGACAUCCCAUCCCCAUGGAUGCAUCGCUGUUCAUUCGUCCCUCAGGUCAGCCCUUCGCUCCGCCAAGUCACACUCAGCAUCGCCCUUUGAGAGUAUCACCUCCAACCGGUGUAGAACCUCCGGCCAAGCGUAGACGGAAAUCCGAGAAGAAGGAUAGAGAUGUAGCGCUGCCACCUUCAACAGCUCACAACAUCGAUGCACACAUUAUGUCCGGAGAUGUUGAACUGGUGGGCGUGGAUGUCAUGAUACGCUCGAAGAUAUAUUCGGCUCAGGCGCUAGGCGCAGCCAUUGCGCAGUGGCCUGAAUCAUCGCGAAACGAUACCUUUGGACCAAGGAUCAUACCUCAUCUUCAGUCACCGAACUCGACCACACAGCUGAUUACAUCUAUGAUCGCCGAAGAAUAUGCGAAAGCUACAGCGGAGGCAGAUCAAUUCGCGCAACGCAUUGGAACUCCUUUACACGACAUCGUCGAAGGCUCGCGGCCCAUCUGGUACAGCGACCUCGUGCCUCACCUACAAAUCGUUCGCGCGCAGGUUCAGUCCAUGCUCAACACUUUCCGAGACAAUUCCACCGGCAGUAGCUUGAAGAUCCCGAAUAUCGCCUACCUGGUGCAAGGUGAACCCGAAGCCGGCCCCUUGGCUUUCUCGCUUGCUGAGGGAGAGAAGAUUGCCAAUGAAGACUUCGAACGACUGAAGAAGGCUUUGUCGCCAGCUCAGCGAAUAGCCUCGCUCGAGACAUUAAACACAGCACGAGCUGACGUUCAGACUGCGGUCGAGAACGCCAGGAAUAUUAAACAGCUUGCUGACCUGCGCAUCAAGGCUGCUGCCGCUGCCGCAGUCAUUGCGUUUGACAACAUCCCGAAAAAGCCUGCAGCAACCAUCAAAAGCGUCAUGGACAGUGUGAAGCAAGAGGAGAACGUCGAACUGCAGAGGAGGUCAGCUAGCGCGGUCGCCUCGCUCGUCGAGCGGAUGGUGACCGCCGGCAAGCGUGUCGUGACCGAGAAAGUCGUUGGCAACCUGGCCAAAUUCUACUGCGCAGAGACCGCAGAAACACCCGAGUUCCAUCCCAAUAUCGAAGUGGAAAAUCCAGAAGUCGGUAUCCUAUCGCUCAAAAAAGACGAAGACAUCCGAGAUCAUCCGGAUGCCGCACGACACGAGCGGGAGGCCAAGGCGGCUCGCAAUCAGCGCCGUGGGGCGAAAGAAGCUCUAGAGCAGCUUGUUGCAAGCUUCGGCAGUCAACUAUUUGUCAAGUUACCGAUCCUGGAGGAGCUCAUCGAGGCUCCUGUUCGAGCCGUCUUCGCGAACGACGAACUUCCCAGCGAAAUACGGAAUCCAGACAACACUCUAGGACAGCAGGUCAUCGACGCCCUGUCAACACUGCGCGCUCUCGUGUCGAAGUUCCAUCCUGAUCUUCACCAGAAGGUGCGGGUUCUCUUACCGCUCGUCGCCAAGGCAAUGCAGUCUAAGCUUUCCGUUCUGCGGUAUGCAGCAGCGAAGUGCUUCGCAACGAUUUGCAGUGUUAUGACCGUCGAAGGCAUCAGCAUGCUCGUCGAGAAGGUCUUGCCGUCCAUUAGCAAUGCCCUGGACGUGCACUGCCGGCAAGGUGCUAUCGAAUGCAUCUAUUGGCUCAUUAACGUUAUGGAAGACGGCAUCCUGCCAUAUGUUAUCUUCUUGAUCGUGCCUGUUCUUGGCCGUAUGAGCGAUUCGAACGAUGAUAUCCGGCUCAUCGCCACCACCAGCUUCGCGACGCUGGUCAAACUAGUACCUCUAGAAGCAGGUAUACCGGAUCCACCCGGCUUGUCUCAAGAGCUACUGCAAGGACGAGAGAAAGAGCGGAAGUUCAUCGCUCAGAUGCUGGAUCCGAAGAAGGUCGAGCCUUUCGAGAUACCCGUGGCUAUCAAAGCCGAGCUUCGCUCCUACCAGCAAGACGGUGUCAAUUGGUUGGCCUUUCUCAACCGCUUCAACCUCCACGGCAUCCUUUGCGAUGACAUGGGGCUUGGCAAGACUCUGCAGACUCUAUGCAUCGUUGCUAGUGAUCAUCAUCAGCGCGCUGAGAAGUACGCAGAGACCGGAGCGCCGGACUUCCGACCCCUUCCCUCACUCAUUGUUUGCCCACCCACGCUGUCCGGGCACUGGCAGCAAGAGAUCAGGACAUACGCACCGUUCCUGACUGCGGUUGCGUAUGUGGGCUCACCAUCCGAACGCAUCAAAUAUAGGAAUCAACUGAUGAAUGCCGACAUUGUCAUCACGUCUUACGACAUCUGCCGCAACGACAUUGAUCUACUUGGGCCGCUCAACUGGAACUACUGUGUGCUGGAUGAAGGCCACCUCAUCAAGAACCCGAAGACUAAAACAACUAUAGCUGUGAAACAACUCUCCAGUAACCAUCGCCUCAUCCUCUCAGGUACACCCAUCCAGAACAACGUGCUCGAGCUCUGGUCUCUCUUCGACUUCCUUAUGCCUGGCUUCCUUGGUACUGAAAAGGUCUUCCAAGAUCGCUUCGCCAAGCCCAUCGCCGCAUCCCGCUAUGCCAAAUCCUCAUCCAAAGAACAAGAAGCGGGCGCCCUCGCCAUCGAAGCUCUACACAAGCAAGUCCUACCCUUCCUCCUCCGCCGUCUUAAAGAAGAAGUCCUCAACGACCUCCCACCAAAAAUAAUUCAAAACUACUACUGCGACCUCAGCGACCUGCAAAAGAAGCUUUUCGAAGACUUCAGCAAAAAAGAAGGCAAAGCCAUCGCCGAAAAGGCCUCCUCCAACGACCGCGAGGCCAAACAGCACAUCUUCCAGGCCCUGCAAUACAUGCGCAAACUGUGCAACUCGCCCGCGCUCGUCAUGAAGGACACUCACAAGCAGUACGCCGCCACGCAAGCCUACCUCGCCAAACAAGGCACCAGUCUCCGCGACCCGACUCACGCGCCCAAACUCAUGGCCCUCCGCGACCUCCUCGUCGACUGCGGCAUCGGCGUCACUGGCUCCGAUACCACGGGAGAUAUUCCGAACGCCAACGAGGCAGUCUCCCAGCACCGCGCGCUCAUCUUCUGCCAGAUGAAGGAGAUGCUCGAUAUGGUGCAGACCGAAGUCCUGCGCAAGAUGCUCCCUGCCGUGCAGUACAUGCGGCUGGACGGCAGCGUCGAGGCGAACAAGCGCCAGGAUAUCGUCAAUAAGUUCAACAGCGACCCGAGCUACGACGUGUUGUUGUUGACGACUAGUGUGGGCGGGCUGGGGCUUAAUCUUACAGGCGCGGAUACAGUCAUCUUUGUCGAGCAUGAUUGGAACCCCCAGAAGGACAUGCAGGCCAUGGACCGCGCGCACAGGAUUGGGCAGAAGAAGGUCGUCAAUGUGUACAGGAUUGUCACGCGCGGGACAUUGGAGGAGAAGAUCUUGAGCCUCCAACGCUUCAAAAUCGACGUCGCCAGCACAGUCGUGAACCAGCAAAACGCGGGCCUCGGCACAAUGGAAACAGACCAGAUCCUGGACCUGUUCAACAUCUCGACGGGCGAGGCGCCGGCCAUGCCCGCUGCGGACGGUGGCGUGGCCGAGGACGACGCGGUGGAUGCGACGGGCGAGGUUAGGGAGAAGGGCAAGAAGGGCUUCCUGGAUGAGCUCAGCGAGCUGUGGGAUGAGAAGCAGUAUGAGGAGGAGUAUGACAUGGAUUCUUUCUUGGCGAGUAUGAGGGGGUGA